AUGGUUGAGAGAACAUCCCGGGAGAACAAUCGGUUAUUUCAGGUGGCCCGAUUAAUCGGAGAAGGAUAUGGAAAAGCAGCAUGUGUCGCAAAUGCCAUAAGUCGAUUUAAAAAAUGUGGUAUAUGGCCUGUGGAUAGAAACGUUUUCACAGAUGUUGAUUUUGAAGGCGGAGAUGUUCUUCAAACUGAACCGAAACAAAAAGCACUAGCGGAAAGCAAGGACGCUGACGAUACACCUUCGAGUGAUGAUGAUGUGCCUUUGGCGCUUUUAGUUGAAAAACAGAAAUCGUGCGCCACCUUUGAAACUCAACCACCCGAUGUUCCUUUCGAAGACAUUCUACCAAUUCCAAAUAGUCCUGGCAAUCAGAAAAAUGCAAGUAAACGUGCACAAGCGGCAAAAGUUUUAACUUCAACCCCACAUAAGGACGAAUUAAAAGCAAAGCAAUCUACUAUCGAAGAAAAGAAAAAGAGACUGGCAAAAAGAAAAAUAGGAAUAGCCAAUGGCCAAAUGGAAAAAAAGUAA